GAAUUAUAAUUUCACAAAAUUAAUAAUGAUUUACUGAAUAAACUAUCUUUCUAAGUCAUUGGAAGAGUAAAGUGGAGGGAGAGAGGAAAACCAGAAAAAAAGUGGAGGGAGAGGGUUUUCGUUUAAGAGUUGAACUGAGCCACUCCUACUCCACUACGGUGCCUAUGCAAACGGUUACUCUCCAUCACAAUUCCGAUCUCUGCUUCAUUUCAUAGAACAAUAAAACCGGGCAAACCGCGUCAGACCACAUAUGGGUGACUCGUCUGGAACAAUCGCAAUAAUCUGAUUGGGUUUGGAACAACGCCGCUAUGACACGCGUCAACUCUGGCCUUGUCAACUUCUCUUAUCACGAGCGAGAGUUGCUUGAUAGGAGAAUGACUGCAAAGUUUGAUUCAAUGUUUGCUUCUGAACCUCACAAGAUAUCCGGAGCUACAUCUACAACACCUACCAGUGGUGGCCAAAAGCUCUCUAUGUUUGCUGCCAAAUCUGGAUUUGUCAUCCCCAAAAACAAGUUAUUAGGAUCGUUAGUUCCCAUUUUCCGAGGGGCUAAAAAAGACGGGGUAUCUGGAGUCAUCAAUGAAGAAAAUUCAAAACAAAUUGAGAGGAAAUCAAGAUGGGGGCCUGAUCCGACACAGGAUGCAUCUGUCAGGAGGGCGAAGGUUUUGGCGUUGCAGAUUCGAGUGGAUCAAAUUUCAAAGCAGUUGGAAUCAGAAAAUCUAGAGAUUGGAGCUGCACAGAACUCACCAUUGGUGGAUGAGAACCCAGAUAAAAGCAAGUCUGGCUCUCAAAUUAAUAGCAAGAAGUUAGAAAUGCUUGAACUCGAAAAACGGGAAACAAUAGGUGAAAUACUAAAAUUAGAUCCCAGUUACAAGCCUCCGCCUGGUUUUAAACCACUGUUAAAAGAACACAAUGUUCCUUUGCCUGUCCAAGAAUAUCCUGGGUACAAAUUUAUUGGUCUAAUAUAUGGGCCUGAAGGUGAUAAUCAAAAGCGACUAGAGAGGGAAACUGGCACCAAGAUAAAAAUUCGUGGAACCAAAGCAGACACAGGAGAGAAAAGUGAAAUUAAACCAGGUAUUAAUGUCCAGUGCAGUUACGAAGAGAUGCAUGUUAACAUAUCAGCUGAUAGUUUUGAUAAAGUGGAUGCAGCAAUUUCCAUCAUUGAACUACUAAUUUCCUCUGUAACUGGGAGUUCAGCUGCUGGUUCCACACCUUCUGUAUCUGUUUCUGGGGAUUGCACUAAUGAUCUGAAUCAAAACCAGGACGGACCCCCAUCUCAUGCAAUUUCUCUAUCUCUGGAAAACCCGACUGUGUUUCAACCAGCAGCUACCACACAAAUGCAAGGAGAUCGCUUUCAAUACUCUGGUUCAUGGUUUUCAGCUGCUCCAUCUCACACCCCUUUAUUUGCUUCUGGCAGUGUAGUCCCUCCAAAUCCACCACCACACCUUGCUAGAACUCCCCAUUUUCCAUCACAGACAAUGAGCCCUUCAAAUAUGAUUUCAGCUUUUGGUGCUCAACCUACACCUAUUACCGGAUUCCACCCAAUUAUUCCAAAUCAGCAGUUUUCUAUGCAAGCACCACCACCAACACAAAUCUUACAACAUUCACAAUGGACUCAAACAACUCCUUUUGGUCACGUUGGGCCACCAAGAAAUCCUUCUGUAAUACCUGCACAGAGUUUGUCGGCACCAACAAGUGCUUCCCUUUCAUUUCCAGUUCCCUUAAGGCAACCAACACCAACAGGACACCUCCAGACAUCAACCCCUCAUGGUGUAUCUUCUGGACUGAGUGGAGGACCAAUGGCUCCACCGGCAGUUCCCCCUGCAAGACCCGUUUCUCUAGGUCCACAAUCAGAUGUUGAAUAUAAGCCACCCCAGUCAAAUGUGUCAAUGAUGCCACGACCUGGCAGUAUUCAUCCACAUCAUGCAGGAAUGUCACCGAGACUACCAUCAUCUUUAGGACCAAUACCAGGAACUGUUCAUUCAACUGGAAACCAUUUAUCAAGACCCGUUUCAUUUCCGUCGCCAGGAAUAUCCCCCUCACUUCCAUUAGCUCAACAAUCAGGAAUACCUAAUUCUGCCUCUCAUUACACCCACAUAAACCCACUGACCUCCACACCUUCAAAUUCUGGAAAUUUUACUUUUCAAGGACAGCGACCCAAUGCAGACUACUAUCAAGUGGUUCCCAGACCUAACAGUCAAGCUACUACUCAGGGUGGUACACAAGAGCCACCUUCCGGUCCUCGGCCUCCACCAUUUGGGUUUGCUGUGGCUGAUCAGCCUUUUCAAAGCUUUCCAAGGGGACAAGUCUCCAACCGGGUGGAUCAAACUCAAGCUUAUGCCUCUGCUGCUCCUUUUGGUGGAAGACCGGGCUCUGUCUCAAUUCCACCCCAACACCCUGCAUUUCCCUAUACUGGUCAACCUUCACCAAGAUCUCAAGUCCCACAAAUGGGUAUGAGGAACUUCAUUCCUACCCCUCAAAUGCCAAACUUGCCCAGUCCUGGGGUCCAAAGAGGUAUGCACAAUCAACAAAGCUAUCCUGCUCAGGGAACAUGGUCUCUGAAUCAGAAGUUUGGCAACAACCCCUCCUUGGCAUCCAGUAAGCCAGCGUAUCACGCAGACCAAAUUUAUGAUCCCUUUUCACCCACAUCUGUUGCAUCUCCACACCAGAAAGGUAAUCUAGGAAAAUGAGGGAAUUGGACAUUGGCUACAGAUAUGAAAUCCUGUCAGUAAAAAUCUCAGUAUGGCUGCAGUUUUUGGCAGACGGAGGCGAUCCAAAUUUCAUAGUUUGUAUGAGUACAGUUGUAAUUUGCAAAAUCAUGUAGUUUCUAACAAGAAGGUUAUUUUAGCCCCGUUUGAUGAAUUGUUGUAUUAAUUUUUAAGUCGACCUUUUUUGAAUGCCCAUUAUUGAUGCUUGAUUAGAAAUUGAAUUUUAUGAAACUUUGCCAGAAUAGUUAUGUUGAAUUUAAGCUCUAUUUGAUCA